UGGAAUUCCAUGGAGUUAUGAGGUUUUAUUUUCAAGACAAAGCAGCUGGAAAUUUUGCAACAAAGUGUAUCCGUGUGUCUAGCACUGCCACAACUCAGGAUGUGAUAGAAACACUUGCAGAAAAAUUCCGGCCAGAUAUGCGAAUGUUAUCAUCCCCAAAAUAUUCACUUUAUGAGGUGCACGUCAGUGGAGAAAGAAGAUUGGAUAUAGAUGAGAAGCCUCUAGUUGUACAGUUAAAUUGGAACAAAGAUGAUCGUGAAGGAAGAUUUGUGCUUAAGAAUGAAAAUGAUGCGCUUCCUCCAAAGAAGGCUCAGAGCAAUGGCCCUGAAAAACAAGAAAAAGAAGGAGUGAUCCAAAACUUUAAGCGGACCCUAUCAAAGAAAGAAAAGAAGGAAAAAAAGAGGCGAGAAAAAGAAGCACAGCAACAAGCUUUAGACAAUCACGGGCCAUUUCAUGGAGAUGAUAUUGAAAACUCUCGUCUUGCAGCAGAAGUCUACAAAGAUAUGCCUGAGACCAGUUUUACUCGAACAAUAUCCAACCCAGAAGUGGUAAUGAAACGGCGGAGACAACAGAAGCUAGAAAAAAGAAUGCAAGAAUUUCGGAGUUCUGAUGGCAGGCCAGAUUCAGGUGGAACACUAAGGAUUUAUGCAGACAGUUUGAAACCAAAUAUACCAUACAAGACAAUCCUACUGUCUACUACAGAUACUGCAGAUUUUGCAGUUAUUGAGGCACUGGAGAAGUAUAGCCUGGAAAAGGAAAAUCCCAAGGAUUACUGUAUUGCUCGUGUCAUGCUUCCUCCUGGCGCCCAGCAUUCUGAUGAUAAUGGUGCUAAAGAAUCUAUCCUUGAUGACGAUGAAUGCCCACUUCAAAUAUUCAGGGAAUGGCCAAGUGACAAAGGAAUAUUAGUCUUUCAGUUAAAAAGGCGGCCACCUGAUUAUGUCCCAAAGAAGUUGAAGAAGCAAGUUGACGUAAAGCUAUUAAAAGGAAAGGAAAGAAUUGACAGGUCUGGUUAUGGCUCUUCUCUUCCCCCUGAGAAGCUACCUUAUCUGGUUGAACUAAGUCCAGGCUUAUUGUACUUCCAAAGAACUCUCCAGGCUUAUUGAACUUCCAAAGUAUAUAUUGGGCGAAAAACUUUCUUUGAAAUAAAUAUACUUGAGGCUUUAGGAUUUUAUUUCUGCAGCAUGCUGUUUUUAAAAAAAUCAAAUCAAAUAUAUUUUCUCUGUGUAUGUUAGGGAAGGUGUCCACAGUACCUAGGGAUAAGGCUAUCUCAUAUUGUCUUUUUCACCAUUUUGUCUGAUUAAAAACAUGAGUUUUGAAAGAAGAGUGAGACAAAAAAUGUAUGUAAGUGAAGAAAAAUCUACUGAAAGUAGAAAGCAGCAUUGCACAAUGCUAACAUGUACUGUAUCUAGGCUUGUCUGUAAUGUUGAAAGGUUCAAGAGUAAAGAAUCUGGAUUCUUUUCCUAUCCAUUUUCAUAGGCAUAUACUGUAGAUGCAUAUGCAUACAUUAACAUGUGCAUGUAUUAUGUGCACUGUAUUAUGUAUAAUAUUCCUCAUCCAGAUUUUCUUGACCUCCACAUUUUACUGAAACUGUAUUGAUACCAGGAUUUUAUUGGAAU